AUGUUGUACGAACUGAUUGCAAUUGUCCGUCCCGGCAGCCUCCAGGAGGUUCGCGAUAUCGCCCGCAACGCCGGUAUCCAGGUCCUCCGCUCCGGCGGCGUAGUCCGCGGAUACACCAACUGGGGCACUUUCCGUCUGCCCCGGCCCACGACCAAGCACCAGGCCCGCUACAAGGAAGGCCACCACUUCAUCAUGCGCUUCGAUGCCUCCGGCCCCGUGCAGGCCUCAGUUCGCAGAACCCUCGGUCUCGAUCCCCGGAUGAUUCGCUUCUCCGUUGUGAAGCUCGGCGACAAGCUGGAGGAGAUCAAGGACAUCGAUGGCAAGGUCGAGUGGAACAACAACCGCAGCGUCUUCGAGUCGGUCUAA